GGUCAGAGUGUGUGUGAUUUCCACCCCCCUUCUCCUCGUUACCAGAGGAGAGAGAAACGAGAGAGAGAGAGAGAAAGCGGGAGAGAGAGAGAGAGAGGGAGAGUCUCUUCCCCUUCCAUCUUCCUCCUCACCUUCUCGAUGCCCUACUUCUCUCAAUUUAUCCGGAAAUUCAGGGGGAAAUUUUCCGGGAAAACGAGGGCGGAAGAAGCCCUAAUUGCGUAGCCGCAGCACCACUUAGCGAUAGAUCGACACCGUCCGAUCUUUGCCACCGAUGGAGGAUUUUCCUGGACUCCUACAGCGGGAUUACGGAUUCAAGCCGCAGGGAAAAUCGGCGCCGAUGCUGUCGGCGAAACGGCCACCACCGCCGCCGCCGACGGCGAAAUCAGGCUGGAACACGUCUAAUUCCUUCCUUGACAACCACGACGAUAUCUUUGGCGGCCCUCCGACCAGUUCAGCUGCCGCUGGCAGGCCGGAUCCAGUCGCCUACGACGAUGUAUUCGGGGGGCUGAAGUCCUCGAGUACCGGUGCGUCGUCCGGAUUGGAUUCGGUGUUUCCAGGGUUGAAGGAUCCGCCGAGGUCUUCUUCCAUGCCGGUGUUCGACAAGCCGCUCUACGAUGACGAUAUCUUUGAGGGCGUACCAGGGUUGCGCAGCUCUGAGAAGAUCCAGUUUGACAACGUUUUCGGAUCGAUACCCUCAGGGGCGUCCAAGCCGUCGGCACCGGAAUACGACGAUCUUCUUGGGGAGUUGGGUGGAACUGGAAUAGGGUCGGAGGCGAAGAAAAAAAGCACGGGGCAGACAACGUCAUCAGGGCCUGCUUUCGACGAUCUGAUUCCGGGCUUCGGUGUCGCCGAUCCGCCUUCAAAAAAGAAUAGGGAACCUAAAGAGGCCAAACCCUUUGAGUCAUCUGCUUCUCAGAAGUCAACUCCCAGUGCAUCAGAUGACCCUUUUGUUAUCUUAGAAUCAAAUUCAACACCACCUCAGUCCUCAGGGCUAUUCACUGAUCCUCUUGAGCAUAUCAAUAUUCCCAGUAACUCGGGAAGCAUGAAGGACUCUUUGUCCGCUAAUGGCAGGUUUUUUCAUGAGAAUGAUGUAUUUGAUGGUUUUCCUAAAAGUGUGCCUGUAUUUUCUUCUGAGAAGGAGAAAAACUCAUCCACAACUGGACAACAAGGUGGUCCUGCACAGACUACUGCCAACAAAGUUCAGAGUGAUGAGAAAUUUGGAAAGAAAAUUUUUGAGAACAACAUACAGAAAGACCAUGGUAGCAAUUUCAGGGAUUUUCACCAAACUGUAUUUGAUGUCCCUGCUGGUUCAUCUGAUUCUCGUGAAACACAUAAUAAAAGUAGGAGCCGUUCUUCCCGUGUAAAUUUAGAAUCCUUUACACCAGAACCGGUUGUUUCUCCCAAGUCUGAUGAUAAUGUGGAAGCUGCUGAUGACAUAUGGCUUACAGUGGAUGAAAUUCCUCUUUUCACACAGCCUACAAAUGCACCACCACCUUCAAGGCCACCCCCAUCACUCCCUACCAAAAGAACUACAUCAAAAACUGAGAGGAGUGCUUCUUUUACUCCAGAAGCAAAAAGAAAGGACAAUGAAUAUUCAUCUUUCCCUGCAACUUCUCAGCAACAUUUCUCCCAGGGUGCUCCUGCUCCCACUCACAUUUCAAGCACAUCUCAAAUUGAUGAACUUGAAGAUUUUGCUAUGGGACGAAAUCGGACUUACACUGAUGGACCUGCGAAUGACAUGCCUACUGAAGAAGAUUUGGAGGCCACUUCUGCUGCAGCUUCAGCAGCUGCAAUGAAGGAAGCAAUGGAAAUGGCUGAAGCAAAGAUGAAGCAAGCCAAAGAAGCAAGAGAAAGAGAUGCAAGGGCUGCUAAAAGUAGAGAAUCUAUAAGACCAGAAAGAGAUGAGAAAGUUACUCUAGAGCGUGAAGAACAGGAGCAAUGGGAAAAGCUAGAGCGUGAAAGAGAACAAAGAGAGAAGGAAGAAAAAGAGAGGGAGAUGAAGAGACUUGAAAGAGAGAGAGAGCUUGAAAGAGAAAGGGAGAAGGCUGCAAGAAUAGCAGUGGAGAGAGCAACCAGAGAAGCUCGUGAGCGCGCAGCUGCUGAAGCGCGCCAGCGUGCUGAGAGAGCUGCUGUUGAAAAGGCAGCUGCUGAAGCGCGUGAACGAGCAGCUGUUGAAGCACGCGACCGAGCAGCGAGAGUUGCUGCUGAAGCACGUGAACGAUCAGCUGCAGAGGCCAGGGAACGUGCUGAGAGAGCUGCAUUUGAAAGGGCAGCUGCUGAAGCACGUGAAAGAGCAAGUGCAGAGGCUAGAGAACGAGCUGAAAGAGCAACUGCUGAGGCAAGGGAACGAGAAGCGAGGGAGAGGGCAGCAGCAGAAGCGAGGGAGAGGGCUGCUGUAGAAAGGGCUGCUGCUGAGGCUAGGCAGAGGGCUGAGAGAGCAGCUGUAGAGAGAGCUUAUGCUGAGGCCAGGGAAAGGGCUGCUGGGAGGGCUGCUGCUGCUGCCAGAGAGAAGCAGCAGCCAAAAACUGAACCUGACUUGGACUCCUUCUUUGGUAUGGGUUCUCGGCCUACCAGUGCACCAAAGCAGCGGACCCCUACUGUGGAGAGCUUUUUUGAUACUCAAUCUCAGAAGAGGGGAGCUUCAACAACACCAUCCACAGCAGCAACUACAAUGAGAAAAGCAUCAUCAACGACAAACAUAGCAGAUGACUGGACUUCCUUAUUUGGAGCCGCACCAUCUUCAGGAGAAUUUCAGGAGAUAGAUGGUGAAAGUGAAGAAAGGAGAAAAGCUAGAUUUGAACGACAUCAACGUACACUUGAGCGUGCUGCAAAAGCUCUGGCAGAGAAAAAUGAAAGAGACAUGCAAACUCAGAAGGAACAAGCAGAAAGACAUAUGAUUGCAGAAAAGCUGGAUCCUGAGAUUAAGCGAUGGGCUGCAGGAAAAGAAGGAAACUUACGUGCCUUGUUGUCAACAUUACAAUAUAUUCUUUGGCCUGAAAGUGGUUGGCAGCCAGUAUCGCUAACUGAUUUGAUUACUGCUGCUUCUGUGAAGAAAGUCUAUAGAAAGGCAACCUUGUGUGUUCACCCUGAUAAGGUUCAACAAAAGGGUGCAACUUCUCAGCAAAAGUAUAUUGCAGAGAAAGUCUUUGACCUGCUUAAGGAAGCAUCAAAUAAGUUCAAUUCAGAGGAGCUCUUUUGAAGUCAUUGAAUUGCUCAAGGAUUCAAGAUAUCAGCUUGGAAGCUUCACACCGUUUCCUGUGCGUGGGCAAUUGUCAUGGCCUGCAAUUUUAAGCACCAACUUUUUGGCCAUCACUAUGCGUGCUUGGUUUGUUGUCCUUCAUGCUGCCCAUGCCGUUCCUGCCACGGCUCAGAAUAAGAGUUCUUUUUUCUGAUGUAAAUGGUAAUGCCUGGGCAUCUUUUUGCAUAGAAAAAUUUGUGUAAGUUUAUGCUGCUGAUUCCUGUAGAUUAGCAAUGGUGGGUUUGGCACCAUUUCUGCAGCUUGUCCCACGUCCAAUGUCAUGUUCUACAUGCUGUCUGGUUUGUGGGUGUGUAGUAGGAUAGUAUUCAUUUUUUUUUCGACUGAUAUCUUUGAACCCUUCAAUGAAUGUCAUUAUAUUAUUGCUUUGCGAUGUAUCCUGAAUAGACAAAGUGCAAAUACGUGGUUACUUUUCUA